AUGCAGCAGUCACCUUUUGAGAAUAUAUUUAACUUGUUAGGUGGUAUAACCGAAGGGAACGAGAAACCUAUGAAACAUGGGUUUUACAACGCCUUUGCGUUAUUCAUUUUAGUAAAACUCAAGUCGUGGUUUGAAGAUCUGGAGAAGUCAAACACUUCUGUGAUAUUAGGCUUGAUGGUUAUACCUGUCAACAUCGUAAAUUUGGCUUCAGACACAGUUGGGCACCAAUUCAUAGAAAAUUAUAAGACAGUGAUUGGGUUGCUGUCAGCAAUAUUUGUAUUGCCAUGGUUGUACACCUCUGUGCCGAGAAGCUUUACCUGCCUUUUUUGGCAGCUCAGCAGCUUCAUCAGCUUUUCCACCACCUUGUUAAUAAGUGUUUGCAGCAGCUACAUUACACUCACAAUAGUGUUGGCUUACCUCAUCUGCUUAUAUAUCUUAUGGACACCAGAAAGAGCAAGUAUCUUCCAAUUUACAUCGCAAUUGCUGUGGCUGGUGAUCUCAAGCUUUCUAGCCAGUCUCACAGGGUCUCUCCAAGUAUAUACUUUUGUUCUAAUACAAGCAAUUUGCAUUACUGGUUUUGCUUUAGAAGUUUUGGAUAUCCAUAAGAAGCUACUGGUGAAAGACCCAGAAGCAUCAAUAAUAGAGGCGUUACACAAAGCCAUUAAAAAUGACGAGGUCAUCGAAAAAACCACUAAUGAGAAACCGCAAGAAGUAGUGCAAGCAGAUGUCAGUGACAAAGAGGUUACACCGGAAAAAGAUUCCCCAUCUCCUGUCACUCCUGAAUCAGCACAUAAGAGGGGAAGUUGGACGGGCAAUGAACCAAUUCAAAGCUCUCCAAGACAUCCAAAACUCUUGUUCAAGACUAGAACACUGUCUGCAUUGCCUCUACCCGGCAACAAGCAGAAAAGUGAUUGUCGAUUUAUUCCAGCUUACAAACAUAGAUCUCUAGACGAAAACUAUAUGAAGAACAACUUUGACAACGAUGAAGAAACAGCUCUUUACUUCAAGUUUUUGUUCUUUGGAUGUAUGUGCAUGCUCGUGUGGAAACAUAUAUGGUUGCUACCAGUGAUGCUGUUCUUUUUGGCUAUACACGUACUAAAACGUCUGUUAAACUAUUUCGGCGUUUGGCUCUUCUUUGAAAAUCAUUUAAAUAAUUUCAAGAGUAAACUGAACAACUGGUGGGAACUCAGGCAAUCAGCUCUAAUGCCGUCACAUGUCCGCGGUAUUGGCAAGAUGUUGUCUAUAUGUAACGCGAGUAUCCGCGAAAUGGCGUACAGUUCUGUAGAUACUGUGUCCACUUGUAUAGUGAUCGUUGGACUAAUCCUAUUCCUCAUAGUUGCCAUCGUUUUCAUUUGUAUACAGAUAUAUUCGGAGGCCAUAGUGGUUGUACAACUAAGCGGCAGCUUGCUGAACAGCACGUACGUUCAAAACAGUGAGCUACACGCAUACCUGCCUGAUGGAUGGGAAGAGAAACUCGAUUCCCUUAUCGACAAUGCGUAUACAUACGGCAGAGAAGGAAUCUCAACAGCGGUGAAAAGCAUCCUUAAAGAAGGCGAUCCAGAAAAAAUAAACCGCGUAGAACAACAAAUACUGGAGCUUUGGGAUAGAGUUUACCAGAGCUGGGUAUCGGGUCACUUCGCUGCAAGCGUUGGGCCGCAAGUCGACGGCUCUGCCAUACAGGACUCCUGGGACAACUUUGUCAACGAUGUCUCUAAUACUCCGGGUACGUUUGAUUAUUCUGGUAUAGUUAGCUGGGUACAAGCCAACCUGGGCACGUUGAGUGCGAUAGCUACAAGCAUAUGGGCGCCACUGGCGAGCAACGUGUCACUGUUGGCGGGGUCAGUCGGCGCACUCACCUCUCUCCUGCUGUGUGGCGGCAGUGCUCUCAUCAACAUCUUCAUUAAUUUGGUGGUGUUCUUUACAACAUUAUUCUAUUUGUUAGCGUCCAGCAAUGCUCUGUACAAACCGGUCGAGGUGAUCACACAAGCGCAACCAAAUUUUGGACCCAGGGUCGGCAUUGCCCUCUCUGUUGCUAUCAAUCAGGUGUUCAGGGCUUCCUUCAAAAUGGCACUAUUCUACGGUUUGUGGACGUGGCUAGUACACAAUUUGUUCGGCGCCAAAGUUGUGUAUUUGCCAUCAGUGAACAGAGUUGGCACAUGGUAUGGGCCAACUCCAAAGGGGCAUUAA